AUGAGGCUGGUCUUCGUUCUGCUGGCGCUGGCCGUCACUGCGCUCCCCUCCCCCGUGUGGGGGGAGGGGGCGCAGGUGGAUGGCUUGAACUUCUCCUUCGAGGACGACAGCGAGAAAGAGAAGGAAGUGAUCCUGCUGGAUAUAGGCGCCGAGAAAAGAUUCGACUUCAGGUUCGACAAUAAAGACGGCACGUACCAGCACGGCUACCAGUCCGGGCGGCUCGGCGACGACGGCGGCUACAACUUCAAGCACGAGUACAAACAGGAGGACGGGGUGCGGUUCGGCCAGUACGGCUACGAGCUGCCCGACGGCACCAACCAGACAGUCAACUACGUGGCCGAUGCCAACGGCUACCGCGUGCUGGCCGAGGGCCAGAAGUACGUCCCAGUCAGCGAGCGCGAGCUGGAGCGGCGGCGCGGUAUCCUCGAGGACAUCCAGGCCGAAGAGGAGGAGCAGGAGCCGCUUAAUCUGGACCUCACUCUCCUGGAACGCAUCGCUGACCCGGCCGAGGUGGAGCUGGAGUCGGAUCCGGCCGUGGCACUGUCGGCCGCCAAACCGCUGCAGCCGCACUCGCAGCUCGACCCCGACACGAACGCCUUCCAGUUCGGCUUCCGCUCGGCCUCCGACGACGGCGUGCUGUACCGGCACGAGGAGCGCGACGAGGAGGGCGUGGUGUCCGGCCAGUACGGCUACCGCCCCGCCGGCGGCGAGCCCGUGCUUGUCUCGUACGUGUCCGACGCCUUCGGGUACCGCGUGGUGGACCCGGCGGCGCCCGUGGCCGUCGUGAGCCAGCAGCAGGCGCAGGAGCAGCUGGGCGAACUGGCCGAGGGCUCCGGCUUGGCGACGGAGGAGACCGCGCCCGCAGCAGAGGAGGAGGAGGAGGAGGAGGAGGAUGAGGAGGAGAUGAAGCCCACACCGGAGGGCGGUGUGCUGCCGGUGCCCCGGCCGGUGGCCGCACCUGAAUUGGAGGCCCAGUCUCAGGGUCAGGCUCAGCCGGAGCAGCAGCCCCAGGCGACGCUAGCCGCCACAGGUGGCGCCACCGUCGACUCUGUGAGGCCCUACUUCCGUCCGCACGUGCCCCAGCUCUCGGCCGUGCUGCCGUACGGCGCCCUCGUCCCCUACGCCGCCGUCCCGUACGCGGCCGUGCACAGUCCCGCUGCGCAUGUUCAGCAGCGCCCGCGACCGGUCCUGUACCAGCGGCCGCUGCCGUACCCGGUGUACCGGUACCCGCAGUAUCGGGCUGCGGCCGAGGGUGCGCACUGA